AUGUCUUCGUAUCGCCUCGAUGACAGUGAUCCGGCGGUCGUGUACUCAAAGCCCCUCAGUGGCGGCCACUGGAGCAAGCAGAACUCUGGGGCGUCCUAUCAGAAUGGGGUGAUGCUCACUCGUACACGGAACGCGAACGCAACACUCUCUUUUACAGGCACUUCUAUCUCGGUUUACGGCCUGAUCUCUCCCAGUGGAACAGGAAACGUUCCAUCAAGUUUCUACAGCGUCGAUGGCCAGAACGCCAAAACUUAUACUGCGACGCCCACCAGCAACACGCAGAACCAAGUUCUGUUCUACAACUCGGGCACACUCGCCAACGGACGACACAAUCUGGUCCUGAUCAACCUCGUCGAGCUAGACUACUUAUGGAUCGACUACUUCGAAAUCACAACAGCCAACGAUCCCCCGGCGCAGCCAACCACCGCCGGACCACCACCAGCCAGCUCGCCGAACUCUUCCAGGCAGAGUAAUACAACACCAGUUCAGCAAACCACCCGGGUUGUUACACAGGUCGUGAGCAAUACCGUGACCGAGUCGUCGACGACGAGAGUAUCUGUUGUGACGAGUGUCGGGUCGAUUGUGGUUCCAGUGAGCAGCGAGGCGGCUUCGUCGUCUGAUAGCACUGCGGCUAGUAGUACGACUGGACUCCCGGCGGCGGAUACAACGGAUGCGGGCUCUGUGUCGGAGAACAAGACUCCCAUUGGUGCGAUUGUUGGAGGUGUCUUGGGAGGACUUGCAGUCAUCAUUCUGGCUUUGAUCUUGAUUAUUUUGCUGAAGCGCAGGCGGCGGGCGGGAAAUCUAGACAAUGAGAAUGACAGGCUGUCACCUCAGACGGCGCAUUCUUCAGGUGUCGUUCCCUUCGUUAGUGGUCCCAAUUCGUCGCCAGUGGAGACAUAUUCUCCGUACUCAAAUUCGAGCUCUGGGCCCUCUGAAUCUCAAUACGGAAGCUACACCCAAACGCACAUGGGUGCAGGACACUCAGGCGUCGUACAUAGCUCAUCAACAGCACGCUCUUUGAGCUCCGCGGUACCAACAGGCAAACGGCAAUACUCCGCCACGGAAGAAGAAGCCAGAGCGUCUUCAACCGCGCUGCUUGCAAACCAGCCGCAGAGGGAGAUGGAGCAGAUCCCUUCGUCCACCAACGGCAGCGUCCCGGUGUCCAUCGAUGACCUGCCCCCGUCGUACCAGGCGGCGGCCGCCUCGUCCCAGUCAGGGGUCAAUCCUGCGUUGCAAGCCUUGGCAAACGCGCGCAAAUCAUGA